GAUUUCAUAAUAGCUUGAAAUGAGAUGUCGGCAUGUUCCACCUGAAUAACGAUGCUUAACAUUUGGUGAUCGAUAAAAUACUUCGUUAAAUAUGGAUGAGUCCAUCAGACACCACAAUCCUAACCCGAUUUUACGGGCGAAUCCGCUUUCCAAGUUGCUUUUCUGGUGGAUGAACCCAUUAUUCAAGAAUGGAUAUGAAAGACAGCUGGAAGUUGAGGACAUGUACAAUGUGGUCAACGAGGACCAGUCUGAAACCCUUGGCAACAGACUAGAGGAAGAAUGGGCGAAGGAAGUGGAGAGAACGAAGGGUGGGAAACGUCAGCCCAGCCUCUUCCGAGCCCUGUUUCGCAUGUUUGGGUUCGAGUACCUGCUGUUGGGGCUUAUCUUACUGCUUGAGGAAGCCACAAAGGUCAUUCAGCCCCUACUGCUGGGUGGCUUGAUCCGCUACUUCACGCCGGGGUCAGGCGUCGGAAAAACCGAGAGCUACUUGUUUGCAGGAGGAGUGAGUCUAUGUGCGCUCGUACUGGCGGUUACACACCACCCUUACUUCUUUGGUGUCCAGAGGAUCGGCAUGAAGAUGAGGAUUGCAUGCUGCUCCUUGCUGUACAGAAAGUCUUUAAGGCUAAGCAAUGAGGGCCUGAGUAAGACGACAACUGGGCAAAUCGUGAACCUGCUUUCCAAUGAUGUGAACAGGUUUGACCAGGCUGUGAUUUUUCUGCACUUCCUGUGGGUUGGUCCCCUGGAGGCUGUAGCAGUGUUAGCAAUAUUGUGGCAUGAGUUGGGUCCAUCCACACUUGCAGGAUUUGCAGUUCUCUUACUUCUGGUUCCCGUGCAAGGCUGGAUGGGGAAACUCUUUUCGAAAUUCCGAACGAAGACAGCAAAGUACACUGACGAGCGAGUUCGACUUAUGAACGAAAUCAUCGCAGGAAUGCGCGUCAUAAAAAUGUACUGCUGGGAAAAACCUUUUGGUGACCUUGUAAAGAAAGUUCGAAAAAAACAACAGAAGUGGCUUUGGCGUAAAGCUAUGGUUGAUGUUUACAUCGAGAUUAUAUUCUAUUAUUUUUCGAAGUUCUGGAUCUACCUCUUGUGCCUCGUUGCCGCCUUUGUUGCUAAGCGACGGCUGACACCAGAUUUCGUAUUUGCCGCCAUCCCUCUAGUGGGCAUAGUGGUGCAUAGCUUUCUGUGGAGAACCAUCAUGUUUAAUUACAAAAGUUACUGUGAAAUGAAAGUUACAACGCAAAGAAUUGUGACAUUUUUACAACUAAGUGAACUGCCCUCAACAGAACAUGGCAGACAUGAGAAGGACUAUUCACCUGCCAAGAACUGCCGUAUUGUCAUCGAAAACGUGCAUGCCAAAUGGGACAAGGAAGUAGACCAGCUCACACUCCAGAAUGUCUCUGCCACCGUGGAGUCAGGGAGACUGGUUUCCAUCAUUGGACCUGUGGGAGCUGGGAAGUCCUCAUUGCUGAUGGCGGUGCUAAAUGAACUCCCGCUGCUUGAGGGCAGUAUCUCGGUGACGGGUCGCCUUGCAUACGUAUCCCAGCAACCCUGGGUGUUCUCUGCCUCGCUGCGACAGAACAUCGUGUUUGGAAACAAGUACGAGAAGGCCAAAUACGACAGGAUCCUGAAAGCCUGUGCACUGAAUAAGGACAUAGCCAUCAUGCCACAUGGUGAUUUGACCCUCAUUGGUGACCGUGGGGUCAGUCUGAGUGGCGGUCAGCGGGCGAGGGUCAGUCUGGCCCGAGCUCUGUACAUGGACGCAGACGUUUACCUGCUGGAUGACCCACUCAGCGCAGUGGACGCAGCUGUGGGGAGACACAUCUUUGAAAACGUAGUGCAGGGAUACCUGAAGAACAAGCCACGAGUCCUGGUCACUCAUCAGCUGCAGUUCCUCAAGGAGGCAGAGCAGAUCCUCAUUCUUAAAGAGGGAGAGAUGAUUGGCAAAGGGACGUUCAAAGAGCUCUCCAUGUCAGGUAUAGACUUCUCCUCACUUCUCAAAAGUGACGAUGAACAGACUGAUAAAACUGCAUCCGGUCAUGUGACCUCCACCUCGGGAUCUCACCACCUGCAGCGGAGCAUGUCCCAUGAGCCCCAGAGCAAGUUGCAUGAGAGUAGCCGCCAUAGGUUACACAGCACCUCAUCUAAGUCACACGAGGUCAUUAACGGGAAUCUUCGAUUUUCCGUUCACGAGUCGAUGCGGGGGUCAGAACUGUCCCUGACCUCUGUUGGCACAAUUGGCGAUGAAUUCAGUGCGGAAGAGGUUCAACUCCCAGAAGAGGAAGAGCGACAUCAGGGUACAGUGGGACUCAGCAUCUACUAUGAAUACUUCAAGGCUGGGGCAGGCAUCAUCAAGUUCCUCCUUCUUGUGUUUCUAUGUCUCGCCGCCCAGGGAGCAUACAUCCUCAGUGAUUGGUGGCUGUCACGCUGGUCAAAUGAAGAAGAGGCCAGAUAUUCUGCACUUGAAAGACACAAUGCUCUUCUGGCCGAGGGCUACUACGCCACAAACAUCACCAUUCCGAUAGUCGACACAAACUUCAACGUUUCCGUCUUCAGCGGGAUUAUCGGCGGGGUGUUCCUGUUUGGAAUACUUAGGGCGUUGAUGUUUUUCAAGGUCACAGUAGAUGCCUCUCAGGCCCUACACAACACAAUGUUUGCCAGCAUUUUGAGAUCACACAUUGGGUUCUUUGAUACAAACCCAGUCGGUCGUAUUUUGAAUCGGUUUUCCAAGGACAUCGGACAUAUGGAUGAUCUUCUGCCUGUUACCUUCUUUGACUUCACACAGUGUGCCUUGCUGAUCCUGGGUAUAGUGGGUGUGGCAGGUGUGGUCAACCCCUGGGUGUUUAUUGUGGUGGCCCCACUUAUAGUUCUCUUUGUGAUCAUACGCCGCUACUACAUUCGAACUUCGCGGCACAUCAAAAGACUGGAAGGAACAACCCGAAGCCCUGUGUUUUCUCACCUUAGCGCCUCCCUGCAAGGCCUGCACACUAUACGAGCCUUCAGCGUGCAAGGGAAGUUCAUCGAGGAGUUUGACAACCACCAGGACCUGCACACGGAGGCCUGGUUCCUGUUCCUCACCACGUCUCGAUGGCUCGCAAUUCGCUUGGACUGGCUGUGCGCCAUGUUUGUCGCUGCUGUCUCAUUCUUCUGUGUGGUGGCAGCAGAUAGCUUAAACGCUGGAUUAGUGGGUUUGUCCAUGACCUAUGCCAUGACCUUGAUGGGUAUGUUCCAGUGGGGAGUCAGACAAAGUGCAGAGGUUGAGAAUCAGAUGAUAUCAGUGGAGCGUGUCCUUGACUAUUCUCGCCUACCUUCUGAGGCCCCGUUGGAGGCCCCUAAUGACAGGAAGCCCCCACCAGAUUGGCCGCAGCAUGGCAGGAUCUCUGUGCAGAGGGUCAGUCUCAAGUAUUCGACGGACACGCCCACCGUUCUGAAGAAUAUCAGCUUUACCAUAGAGGCCAGAGAAAAGAUUGGAAUUGUGGGUAGAACUGGUGCUGGUAAAAGCUCGCUGAUCACAAUGCUGUUCCGUCUGGUUGAGCCAACAGGCAGCAUCACCAUUGAUGACGUGGACACACUACAGAUAGGGCUGCAUGAUCUACGUAAUCAGAUCUCCAUUAUACCACAGGAUCCGGUUUUAUUCACUGGAAAACUUCGCAGAAAUUUGGAUCCAUUCAGUAACCAUAGUGAUGAUGCAUUGUGGAAAGCAUUAGGAGAGGUGCAAUUAAAGAACGCAGUAGAGGACCUUCCUCAUGGUCUCGACACAGAGGUAUCAGAGGGAGGUAUCAACUUCAGCGUGGGUCAGCGUCAACUGAUAUGCCUGGCACGUGCCAUUCUUAGAAACAACAAGAUACUCAUGAUUGAUGAGGCAACAGCAAAUGUUGACCCGAGGACUGAUGGCCUGAUCCAGCAGACGAUACGUGAGAAGUUCCGGAAGUGCACCGUGCUCACCAUCGCCCAUCGGCUACACACCAUCAUGGACUCUGAUAGACUGCUGGUCCUUCAUGAUGGAGAGAUAGAAGAAUUUGAUGCACCACAUCUUCUUCUACAAAAGCCAGAGGGACUGCUUCGAAAGCUUGUAGAACAGACUGGGAAGACAGAAACUACCAACCUCAUUGAAAUUGCCAGAAAAUCCUACGAAAAUAAGAACAGAGAUGACAUCAAUGAAGAGGUUCAAGCCUCCAAUCUUGCAGAAAUCAUGCGAGCCAUUUCCCAGCAUGAUGUUGCCAUGACAAUCGAAGAGCUCGAUGAGUUAAGAAUGGCAGAGAGUAAGGAAAAAGAGGCUGAAAAUGGGACUGGUGAUAAGGAGGAAGAUAUAGAAGAUGCUGCUGAGAAAGUUAGUCGGGAGGAAUCUGAAACAAAAGAUCCGGUUCAAGAUAUUGGAGGAAAGGAUGAAGAUUUAAAUGUAGAUGUGGGAGAAAUGGAUAAUGGAGUUAAGUCAGUAGAUGGCCCAACAGGUGAAACACCUGUGGGUGAUGUAGAUGAUGAAGUUGAAAGUGAAGAAAAAUCAAAACUUCUUGCUGAUAAUGGCAAGAAGGCAGAUGACCUAGAUGUGGAUGUGGGAAAAGUAGAUGAAAAUGAUGAAGCGAAUGAAACAGAAAACCUCCUUAGCAAAGAUGAACAUAGAAAAUAAAAAGAAAGGACAUUUGUUCUAAGAAAUCCAUCAGGCUUGUAUACACAAUUAAAAGUUGACAAAAAUGUUGGUGGUAAAUACAUGUAUCAGUUUAUGAAUAUUUUGAAUCAUGUUAAUAUUAUAUUAAAGGAAUUUGUGUGCGAUUGCGUUAUAUAAAAGAUUUACCUGAAUGGAAAUAAUAAAGAUUAAUAAAAAUAAAAAUAAUGAACUGUCGUAAUUUGUGAAAAUACCAGUUUAAAAAAAAUCAUCCUACAAAACCUUGUUUAUCAAAUAUUUACAUAUUUCCUUUAUGUGUAAUGUGACUCUAGUUACAUUGUUUUAGUUUAUUUUGUUUAGUUGGAAAAGAUUGAAUAGAAAACCACAUAUUAUGGGAAACUUGUCAUGUUAAAAUGGUUAAAUACUAGUAAAACUAACCAAGCAUUAUUUUAUCAUUCAGUUCAUAGUUUAAAAUUUCUUGCCAGUAGGAAGGUUGUAUGUGUACACACAUUAAUGUAAGGUUAUAUUAUGCUGGUUUUUCGAUUUAAAAUGUUUCAUCAAAAUUAUGUAUCAUAUCAGAUGGAUGGACUUAACAGCAACUUUUGUGCACUCAUAAAUGACAAAGUUAUGUAAUUUUAAAUUAACAUAGGAGAAUGUUAUUGUCCCCUACCGGUGAAACCGAGGGGGGGGCACUUAUGGUUUUUCACUCUGUCUGUCUGUCAGUCAGUCAGUCCAUCACACUUUUCUGGAUCCUGCGAUAACUUUAAAAGUUUCAUUUUGUGCUUACGUCAAAAAUUUUGGUUGCUAUGGCAACAAAGAUAUAUUUUAAAAAAUACUGACAAUGGUGGAGCUUCACCGGUAGGGGACCAUAUUGCUUGGCAAUCUCUUGUUAUAAUUAUUUUAAAUCCCAAUGUCAUUGGAAGAAAAAUUACCAUAAAUCAUUGGGAAUAUGAAAAAUGUUUUAGCGUUUAAGCUGUAAUAUAAUUUUAAGUACCAAUGGGCGACUGGGCCUAUUUUAUUCUGUAUUGGUACAAUUUAUGUAAAGUCCUAUUGUAGGUUAGAUUUAAACAUGUUGCUUUUUACUAAAAGGAGGGUUGUAGUUGUACAAGUGCCAGUUGUUUAACCUGAUCUUUGUUGGUUUUGCAUGUGAAGAAUAUUAUGUGUUACUUUAACAAAUCUCAACAACAACAGACACAUUUAGUUGAUAAAUCUUUGUGAAAUGAAGUGCUUGCCUGCAAAUCAAGUUAAUGGAGGCUUGUAUAAAUUCCAUUGACGUUUUUUAAUAUUGAAGAUACAAUAAAAUUCCUGUGAAAUAAGUGCAUUACAUAAUAAAAAAUAAGAACAAUUACAUUGAAAAAACAUUAAUAAAAAAAUGAAUCAGAAUAAGUCCCUUUAAAAAAUGAUGAGAACCGUUUCUUUGGCUGUUAUUUCUCACUGUUUGAAACAGUAAAUAACCAAUUUGAAAUCGUUCAUAUUCUUCAUGGAACCACAAAAGAUUUAUAAAAAAAUUAAGUCUUUAAUAAUUUAGAAAGCUUAUGUAUUAUUAUGCUUAGUUUAUUGAUAGCUUAACAAAUGAUAAAUAACUAUUUUAGAUUUUUCAAAGAUGACUAUGUCAUACUCUCAGUCUAUGUAUAGCAUUUUCUGAAUAUGGUUGUACUAUCAUUUAGAAUGAACACUUUCAAAAAAAAAACUUUCAAAUUAGUCAAUAUUCUUUAGGAUUAAUGUUUUGGGUUAAUAUACAGCAGGAUUUUUUUUAUUUGUGAAACUAGUCAUUUCAAAACAAAAUACGUGUUAAGUGUUAGUUAUUGUAUUUUAAAUUGUGGUAUUUUGGUAUCUCCUAUUAUUAUUUGUAAAAGUUGUUUUAGUGAUUUACUUAUUAUGCCCCCCUCGAAGAAGAGGGAGUAUAUUGUUUUGCACAUGUUGGUGGGUCCGUCCACCAGAUGGUUUCCAGAUGAUAAAUCAAGAACGCUUCGGCAUAGGAUCAUGAAACUUCAUAGGUACAUUGAUCAUGACAGGCAGAUGACCCUUAUUGAUUUUCAGUUCACUAGGUCAAAGGUCAAGGUCACAGUGACUUGAAAAAGUAAAAUGGUUUCCGGAUGAUAACUAAAAAAUGCUUAGGCCUAGGAUCAAGAAACUUCAUAAAACACUGUAUUAUGUGAAUUGGGAAUAAGACAUCAAACUGGGAAUGGACAUCAUUUUGGUGAUUUUCUUAAACAAAGCUAUUCAUUUCAUGAUCUACAUAUAUUUGUGUAAUAUAUUAUCUAUAAUUUAAGCUUAAUAAUAAAUUUUCCAUGACUUUUUGCAUUAACAGUGAUUGAAUUUGUAUCAUUUAAAGUGAAUUUUUUAAACCGUGUCCAUGCGCGGCAUGGACACAGUUUCAUUUCAUGAGGAUUUUUUUAAAUUAAUAAAAAAUCUAGUUUUUAAGGAAAAUCAAAAUGAUGCUAUUAUAUAUGCAAGUAUAUGUUUUAAUUAUAAUUUGUAAAACUAGAUAAAUGCAACAUAUAAAACUGCAUAUUAUUGACUUUUGAUAAAACACAAUUUAUUCCCAAAUUGAUGCCUUAUUCCCAAUUCACAUAAUACAGUGUUAUAGGUACAUUGAUCAUGACUGGCUGAUGACCCCUAUUGAUUUUCAGGUCACUAGGUCAAAGGUCAAGGUCACAGUGACUUGAAAUAGAAAAAUGGUUUCCGGAUGAUAACUCAAGAACGCUUACGCCUAGAAUCAUCAAACUUUAUAGGUACAUUGAUCAUGACUGGCAGAUGACCCCUAUUGAUUUUCAGGUCACUAGGUCAAAGGUCAAGGUCACAGUGACUCUAAAUAGUGAAAUGGUUUGCUGAUGAUAACUCAAGAAUGCUUACACCUAGGAUCAUGAAACUGCAUAUGUACAUUGAUCAUGACUGGCAAAUGACCCCUUUUGAUUUUCAGGUCACUAGAUCAAAGGUCAAGGUCACAGUGACUCAAAACAGUAAAAUGGUUUCUGGAUGAUUACUCAAGAAUUCUUACUCCUAGGAUCAUGAAACUUCAUAGGAACCUUGAUCAUGACUGGCAGAUGACCCCUAUUGAAUUUCAGGUCACUAGGUCAAAGGUCAAGGUCACAGUGACUCUAAAUAGUAAAAUGGUUUCCGGAUGAUAACUCAAGAAUGCUUACACCUAGGAUCAUGAAUCUUCAUAGGUACAUUGAUCAUGACUGGCAGAUGACCCCUAUUAAUUUUCAGGUCACUAGGUCAAAGGUCAAGGUCACAGUGACUCGAAACAGUAACAUGGUUUCCUGAUGAUAACUCAAGAAUAAUUAGGCCUAGAAUCAUGAAACUUCAUAGGUACAUUGAUCAUGACUGGCAGACGACCCCUAUUGAUUUUCAGGUCACUAGGUCAAAGGUCAAGUUCACAGUGACAAAAAACGUAUUCACACAAUGGCUGCCACUACAACUGACAGCCGUUUUGGGGGGCAUGCAUGUUUUACAAACGGCCCUUGUUUUUAAAUGUGAUUUUAUGUGUUGCUAUAAUUGGUUAAUGUCCAAAUAUUGUGAUACUAUAUCGUGUUUGCAAUUCACAUUUUAAGUAUUGUUUUAUUUAGGCAUAAGUAUAAAAUUUGACUUUGUUCAUGACAAUGGGCAUUUAAUCAGAGAUUUAUAUAUAACAGACAUUAACGGUUUUAAUUUUAGUUUCAUAUAUUUUUAAGGUUAUCGUUCUGUUUUACAAAAGUUAUGUUAUGGAAAUGAGAGAGGCAGUGGUUUAAUUGGUACAAAACAAUCAGUUUAAUGGUGAUAUGUUUUAAUUUUGAUACAUGAACUACCUUGUGGUGUCAAUACGGUUGUUUAUUUUCGCUAACUCCAACAACUGUUAUUUUUAUGUGCCAACACUAAACUUAUUUUUAUAAUUCAGAUUGAUUGUUUAUGUAAUUGUCCCCUACCGGUGAAACCGGAGGGGACUUAAUGUUUGCGCAAUGUCAGUCUGUCCGUCACACUUUUUUGAUCCUGCGAUGCUUAAAAAGUUCUUCAUAUUUUUUCAUGAAACUUAAAAUAUGGAUAGAAUGCAAUAUGGAGAUUAUGCACGUCAUUUCUUUUUGUUCUUAUGUCAAUAAUUAUGGUUGCUAUGGCAACAAAUAAAAAAAUAUAAACAUUCUGAAAAUGGUGGAGUUUCACCGGUAGGGGACCAUAUUGCUUGGCAAUCUCUUGUUUUAUCAUAUUACCCGUAAAACAAGGAAGUUUGCUACAUUUGAUUAUAUUCUCUUAAAGCACUGUAAAAUUACAUUAUAUACACAUAAUAAAGAAUGUUAAAUAGAUAUUUAUGUUUUGGCUAGUAAGUGGAAGUAAGAUACAUUUUCUUUUUGCCUGAGAUGUAUUUGAAUGUGAAAUCAUUUGUGUGUUUUGGUACCAAUAGAUCCGAUCUCAUGAUCCUUGGUUGGUAGUUUGUAAUCUAUGUUUGCAACAACCCACUAAAAUAAGUUGUUUAAUAGUCUUACUGUUUAUAUUGAAUGGUAAUGUUUACAGAUAUCAUACCUUAAACGUGAAAUAUGCAAGAUUCGUAGACUAAAACAAUAAAGUUUAUAUUGAAUGUUUAAAUUAAAGAAGUAGUUUUUAUGCCCCCGGAUCGAAAGAUCAGGGGUAUAUUGUUUUUGGCCUGUCUGUCUGUCUGUCAUUGUGUGUGUCCCAAAACUUUAACUUUGAUUAAAGUUUUGUCAUAGCUUUUUGCAUAUUGAAGAUAGCUACUUGAUAUUUGUCAUGCAUGUGUAUCUCAUGAAGCUGCACAUUUUGAGUGGUGAAAGGUCAAGGUCAUCCUUCAAGGUCAAAAGUAAAAAAAUACAAUCCAAGGGAAUUGAUAAGCUUUAAAAGGGAGAUAAUUUCUAAACCUGCCAUAUGAUAUUUUGCAAUUUUCUUUCAAAGCGGUGCAAAAGGGGGUAUUGUGUUUCUGACAAACACAUCUCUUGUUUUCCAUUAACGUGAUAAGUCUUUUUUGAGGAUCCCUGUACUAUUAAGCUCAGCAUUUUGUGCUCAAUGAGCUAUGAACGGAGUUAUCCGGUCAGCAUCCUUUAAUUGUAUGAACAUUUUGUUUUAUUUAAUGAUAUAGACUUCGGUUGUUAUUUGAUCCUUCCCUUUCUGGUGAACGUAGUGUUUGUCCUUUCACUUUCGAAUUGUUUAUCAGCGUAUUAUAAGGUCAGAAAUCAGAUUUGUUCGGUAAUAUUAUUUUCAAUCUUAUAUGACAUAAUGACCUACCGGUAAUUACUAAGGUGAGAGCCGUGGUCACUCAUUGUCUUCUUGUUAACUUUGGCAUAAAGCUUGCCGCCAGUAUUGUGGAGUGUCAAUUUUGUGUAAAGUGUAUUGUAUUUACGCAUGGUCCUCUUGUUAAGAUGUAUGUUUCACUGCAUUGUUCUGUCUAUCAGCUUAAUACUUUAUUUGGUACAGGUUGCUUUCCAUUUAUCUAUGCGAUGUUAAUGGUGAUAACAUGACGUUUAGAACGUGCUGAAAUAAUAAAAUGCAUACUGCAAUUUA